AUGAUUCCUUUAUUAGCUAGUUAUAAUCAAAAGAAAGGCAUAUAUUGUUAUUUCUUUACAUUCCUGUUUAUAGCGUUAUUACUUAAUGUUGUUUCACUCCAUCAUAGGAAACAUUCGCUAUGGAUGGGAACAGUAAAGUUAUUGGUUAAAAGAGGAACAAAGUGGGACGCGGCCAAGUCUGCUGUUCUAUCAGGCGUUUUGAUAAGUGCAGCAGCCACAUUAUUUACAGCAUGGCAGCCUGUUCUAUGCAUCGUGCCCACUGCUCCUCAAUGUUGGACGAUGAUUAUUGGGUUGACACUUACUGUGCUCCUAACAUGUGGUAUCACUGCUCGUGGUCUAUUUAGAGAGCAAUUUAAUCAUAGAAAUUUUGAUGAGAAUAAUGCCAGCAAUAUUCUUGCGAGUCACAUCUUUACCACAUUUUUGGACCAAUAUAACCUCGAGAAUACAACUGAGCAUACUUAUCCCGUAUAUGGUUUAAAAGAUUCUUCGAUUGUAUUCUACCCACCAGAUGAAACAUAUUCUAAAGUUGUUCAAAAAUUUGUAGAUGCUGGUUUGGGAGUGCCACUACUAACAAUGACAAAUAGCAGUGCUACUUCUAUUCAAGCAGACAAUUUAACAAAUUUUACAACAAUCCAUUGGAACACUGCGCUUGGGAAGCAUACUGCGACCCAUCUAGAACAUUACAGCUUGGAUGAAAUGGUUUCAGAUAUUAUUAAACAAUUUCAAUCAGGCUAUAAUGGUACAUAUCACUAUAAUUCUGAGAUAGAACAGAGUAAUGAAAAUGAUUGCUCAGAAAGGGUAAAGGCGAACUGGGUCUCAUAUAAUGUACCAGAUGAUGAGGACUUGAUGUCGCAAUAUGAAAUACGAGGUUCAUCGUUGGAUUCCCAAGGUAGUUGGGAUGGAAAUAUUAAAUCUUUUGCUAAUUUGUUUUAUACAAAUCAAGUCCAUGAUAGUUGGAAAUGGAGUAUUGAUGUUGUUACAGAGAAUUCAAUUAUUACUUGUAAUUUCUUGGACAAAUUCAAGUGGUUGAGGAGAAAAAAACGUUCAUUUAUUCAUGGUGAAGCUUAUAUUAAUCAAUAUGGUGGUAUAAGCGAUUAA